UUAACGAGACUUUCUUUUAUCAUUAUCAUUUUAGUUAAGUGAUACAGUUAAACAGCAGGGAGGUCGUGAGGAGGCUGAGUUGUGAGGGAGAGGGAGAGAAAUAGUGCGGCCUUCUCAUCGGAAAACUACCAAGAAUCGAAUCCAGCCGGAACUGAAGCCAUGGCGAUGUGACUGCUCCGAAACACUUAGGAAAGGUUUUUUUAUGGAUAACCAAUGCUACUACACAAAGUUAACCUGACGCAGGGACUGUGAGCGUCCUUCCCAAGACCAGAGGAUAUUAGAGAUCCACGGCAUUUCGAAGGAGAGACAGGAGCGUGCGUGUGUGUAUGUGUAUAUGUUUGUCACAUGAAGAUUGAGCGUGCGGAGCGGUAUGGGCCAAUGUUGCUGCAGGAGCUACGAGCCUCCAGUCCUAGGGGCAGACCUGGCGGAGACACGGAUGCCACAGGAGCCACGCCCGAACAGUGAGCCUAAUUACACAGUGGUGGACUAUGUGGUGGGGCUGUAUCCCUACCGAGCCAACGGGACCAACGAGCUCAGCUUCACCCGAGGAGAGACGCUGGAAGUGAUCAACAAAGAUGACGUGGACUGGUGGCUGGCCAGGCGCCCCGGAACCAAAUCCGUCGGCUACAUCCCCGUAGCGUACGUGGCGCUCUCCUCCUCCCUCGAGUCACACGAGUGGUAUCACGGCAAGAUGGCGCGAGUGGAGGCUGAACAGAUACUGAAGAGUCGCCUCAACUCGGCCGGCGCCUUCCUUAUACGCCAGUCUCAACGCAACAACGACUUCGUCCUGAGUGUGAAGCUUUACGCAGAGGACGGCUACACUCCCUGCAUCAAGCACUACAACAUCUGCCAGUCACAAGACAAUCACUUCACACUCGGGGGACAGCGUUUCCUUUCUCUCCAAGACCUGGUGAACAACUUCAUCAACACACCAGACUCAGGCUCGUGCCGAAUCAUGCCCAAACACCCGUGCGUGCGCCCCCCGCCCACCAUGCAAGACAUAUCCAAGAAGAAUAAGGACCAGUGGGAGAUGCCCAGGGAAGAGCUGCACUUUGUUAAGGAGAUCGGCCACGGCUCGUUUGGUGAAGUGUGGCUCGGGAAGUGGAAAAACACUAUUGACGUCGCCAUCAAAACAAUGAGGGAGGGCAGAAUGAAAGCCGAUGACUUCCUGGAGGAGGCCAAGGUGAUGAAAAGUCUGCGCCACCCCAACAUCCUGGCGUUGUACGCAGUGUGCACCAAGGAGGAGCCGCUACUCAUCGUCACCGAGUACAUGGCCCAGGGAGCCUUGCUGGACUUGCUGAGAAGGGAAGACAUUAACCUGCAGCUGCAGCUCUACAUUGCCACACAGACAGCUGCCGGAAUGGAGUAUCUUGAGAGCAAAAUGUUGAUUCACCGAGACCUGGCAGCAAGGAACAUCCUGGUGGGCCACUGUUACGUGUGCAAGGUGGCAGAUUUUGGCCUUUCCAAGCUGUACGAGGACGCAAUCUACGCCGGGAAAGUGUCCAAGGGAAAGCUGCCCAUCAAAUGGACGGCGCCGGAAGCACUGCUGCAUCAGAAGUACAGCAGCAAGUCAGACGUCUGGUCUUUUGGUGUUAUGCUUAUGGAAAUUCUUACCCACGGCGCUGUGCCAUAUCCAGGAUACAGCAACAUGGAGCUCCUGGAGGCCCUCAGUUCCGGCUACCGCAUGCCGCAGCCCGCCAGUUGCCCGCCCAAGCUGUACGAACUCAUCCUAGACUGCUGGAGGAGGAAUCCUGAUGACCGACCCACCUUCUUCUUCAUCCACGAUUACCUGAGCAACUUCGACGUGCAGUGUGAAAAUUCGUACUGCAGUAGUCAAUUCUGACGACGGUGGUGCUUGCUUAGGGUGUCUCCAUUAGAUUCUCUCUCUCUCUCUCUCUCUCUCUCUCUCUCUCUCUCUCUCUCUCUCUCUCUCUCUCUCUCUCUCUCUCUCUCUCUCUCUCACACACACACACACACACACACACACACACACACACACACACACACACACACACACACACACACACACACACUAUUUGGCUUUAAUUUCUUUGUUCCGAAACAUUUGUUAAACCUUUUCGUAGAAAACUUCAUCUCUUCCCUGUUCUCUCUCUCUCUCUCUCUCUCUCUCUCUCUCUCUCUCUCUCUCUCUCUCUCUCUCUCUCUCUCUCUCUCUCUCUCUCUCUCUCACACACACACACACACACACACACACACACACACACACACACACACACACACACACACACA